AAUAUGAUUUUAGCUAGAUCAUGACGACAACAUCUUUUUAUCAAUCAAUUCUACUCUCACUUAAAAUAAACACCCAUAAUAAUAUAAAUACACUUUAAGAUAACAAUGGAAUUCCGUUCUCCACUCAUCUCUCAACUCAAACAACAAAAGAGAGAGAGAGAGAGAUGGUGGGCCCCCGUCGACCGCAGUUCGUGUUGUUCGGUUCGUCCAUCGUCCAGAUUUCCUUCAAAGCCAGAGGCUGGGGAUCAAUCCUCGCUGAUCUCUACGAUAGAAAGGCAGACAUAAUACUACGUGGAUAUAGUGGAUGGAAUUCAAGGAUGGCUGUUGAGGUUUUGAAUCAGAUUUUCCCACAGGAUGCUGCUGUUCAUCCUUCUCUGGUUAUAACCUACUUUGGGGGCAACGAUGCAAUGAGGCCUCAUCCAAGUGGCGUAGGCCCUCAUGUUCCUCUUGCUGAAUACGUCGGAAACAUGAAGAAGAUUGCUCUUCAUCUCAGGAGUCUUGGAGAGAAGCUUCGGAUGAUAUUUCUUACUUGUCCUCCCGUGCACGAGGAGAUGGUUGUCGGAUACUACGGCAAUAUGUUUGAUAAGCAAGAGCGCAGCAAUGAGGCAUGCCGUGUAUAUGCUGAGGCUUUGGUAGCGUUGUGCAAAGAAAUGGACAUUGAGGUGAUCAAUCUUUGGACAGCUUUCCAGCAUAGAGAUGAUUGGGGGCCAGCUUACUUAAGCGACGGCAUACAUUUGUCGGACGGAGGGAGCAGAGUUGUAGCUAAGGAAAUACUCAAGGUUCUUAGGGACGCAGAGUGGGAACCGAGCUUGUAUUGGCUGUCAAUGGCUGCAGAAUUUUCGGACAAUUCGCCAUAUUACAGCGUUGCUUCUGAUGGCGAAACCACCGUUAACGUCUCAGACACCAUUGCAGAAUGGAAAAUGGAGUGGAUGGAACGAAGCGAAGUUGAAACUUUUGGCCUCAAAGUGUUCAGUUUCAGUUCCAUAUUGAAUGAAGAAGAUGAUGCUGAUGAUAAGUGAUAAUGGUGUGAGCUUCUGAGGUUGUUUUUCGCCAUUGUUGUGCCUAAAGAUUGUGGUAAGAGCACAAGUUAUAACUUAUAAUGUUGAUUGCCUAAAGAAA